ACAAUUCAGUUUUUUUGAAAGCCGAAGCCAUUGCCAAAACCCCAAAUAAUAAAUUAAUUAUCUUUUGCACUGGUUCCCAAGGAGAGGAAAAAGCCGUACUUAGUCGGCUGGCUCACCAAAAUUAUCCGGAUUGGAAGGUAGCCGCCGGGGAUUCAAUUAUUUUAACUUCUUCACCCAUUAUGGAUAAUAAACUUAAUGUGGAAAUAGUUAGCAAUAAAUUAUUUUCCCUCGGGGCCAAAGUCUAUGAAAAUAGCAAGGAGGAUCUGCUUCAUGCCUCCGGACAUGCCUGCCAAGAGGAUUUAAAAUUAAUGCUUACUUUGGCUAAACCGCAUUAUUUUAUGCCUUUUCAUGGUGAUUUUCGGAUGUUAAAAAAGCACGGACAUUUAGCCCAAGAAUUAGGGCUGCCCGAAAAAAACAUUUUUGUCUGUGGCAAUGGAGAAGUGGUGGAAGCCAAAGGCAACGAAUUUUUUUUGAGUAAAAAGAAACUUCCUGCCCAACCGAACUACGUUCUUAAUGGCCGGUUGCUUCCGAUGGAAGAAUUAAAUAGUAACCUUGUUUUGCGAGAAAAAAUGUCCCAAGGAGCCAAAGAAACCGCUUAUAAGCCGGUAGAUUAUUACCAACAGCAACCUACUUUUUAUCGCGGGUUAUUUUGGAUUGGGGUGGGGUUGUUAAUUGUGUUGUGGUUGGAAGAAUUAGAAAGAGUAAGAAAAAGAAUUGCCCGUCCGGGUUAUCGUCGCGUAAAUAUUGGUUUAUUGCCAAAUGCCACGGAGUCUGACAAAGUUAAGUAUCAUCUCUGCCUUAGUAUUUCCCGUUAUCAGGAUGAAAAUAAUUUAACUGAGAAAGAAUUAGCCCAAAAACUAGGAAUUAGUAAAGCCAAAUUAGAAUAUAUUUUAUUCCGUCAUCUUGAUAAAUUAACCUUGGAAGAGUUAAAGCCUCCGCAAAAGCCUACUAAUCUCAGUGAAUAUGAUUGUGAUAUAGUAAUUGGCAAACAAAGUUUUACUAAAUUAGAGAUUAGUCCUGAUUAUGAGGAGAAAAAUAAAGAGUUUAAAGAAGGAUUAAGAGAAAAAGGAAUUAAACUAACUAAGACUGAAUUAGCCAAAGUUUUAAUGGACGAUAGUUUAAUUCGUGAAUUAGUUCGACAAUUAGACGGCAAGAGUAAGCAAGAAGUAAAAUAUGAAGGCAGAUAUUACCACUAUACUUACUACUCUUAUGGCCAGUUUUUAACCAAUGAGACUAUGCUUUUAGGUUAG